CCGAUUAACCGAAAUAUCGUAGCAAUUAUCAAGCCAUAUACAAGUCAUCGGAAAUCGUAUUUUUAACGAUCAAGCCGUUCGUCUCCGGGAAGUUUUCCGACGAUUCUUCUCUCCCCAUCUUGCUUGUGAGAAGAACAAUGGAGAUGGAGCAGGAGCUGCAGUGGAAUGCGGCACAGAGUAUUGUGAUAGGCGUGGACCUUGUGGCUGCAGCCAAACAACAUCUCGAUUUUCUGGGUGCUGUUGAUAGGAAUCGGUGGCUCUAUGAAGGCCCUGGUCUUGAUAAGGCCAUCAACAGGUACUAUUCUUGUUGGCUCCCUUUGCUGGCAAAACAUUCUGAGUCACCAUUCUUUCAAGGAACUCUGGUUGUUCCUCUUGAUUGUGAAUGGAUUUGGCAUUGCCACAGGCUCAACCCUGUUCGGUACAAAUCUGAUUGCGAGCAACUGUAUGGAGCAAUUCUUGGCAACCAUAAUGUGGUUUCUUCUGUUAAAGGAGCUUCUAAAGAGGAAACUGAACAAGUCUGGAAACAGUUGUAUCCAACUGAACCAUAUGAGUUGGACUUAGCAAGAGCUCUUUCUGAUGAGCCUGCAAAACGUUUUGAGCACACAAAGUGCAGCGACUAUGAUUUGGUUUCAGCAGUUAAAAGGCAAAGUCCAUUUUUCUACCAGGUAUCAAGACCUCACAUGAACAGUGAGCUCUAUCUUGAAGGGGCUGUGGCUAGAUACAGAGGAUUCUUGCAUUUAAUCCGAAGAAACAAAGAAAGAUCAAUUAGGUGCUUCUGUGUUCCAACUUAUGACAUUGAUCUUAUCUGGCACACUCAUCAGUUACAUCCUAUUUCUUACUGCAAAGACCUUGUGGAAAUAAUUGGCAAGGUUUUAGAGCACGAUGAUACUGACUCAGACAGAGAAAAAGGGAAGAAGCUGGAUACAGGGUUCUCUAAAACUACCGCGCAGUGGGAAAAAACAUAUGGUUGUAGGUAUUGGAGAGCAGGGGCAAUGUACAGAGGCAAUGCACCAUUACCUCUUGCAAUUUGUCACGACUCUCCCAACACUCUAACCAAGAAGGUAGUUGUCGCCCAUAAGGAUCAGAGAUUAUUUCAUCUUCCUGAAAGAAAGGUUCUGGAGGUCAUGUUAGAGUUUGUAGGUUUAAGAAAUGUACCAGAGGAACAUAGAGGGAGGCUCUUUGUCUCAUUCAGUAAAGAACAGCCUGAUUCAAUCUUCAAUGCAAAGAGAAGACUUAAUAUUUUGUCUGAGAGUGGGAAUAAACAGGUUGCUUACUUUCAAUGUCAAGCUAGUGGAAAGUUGCUCUUUGAACUUAUGAGCCAGUCAUCUUCUAACCUACCAUUAUUGAAACCUGCCAAAACUGUGGGUUCUGUUUCUGUCUCUCUGGAAGAGUUGUUAUCCCCGGCAUCUAAUCUCACUAUGGAGAAAUGGCUUGAAUUGGUGCCAAAUUCUAAUUUGGUAAGCUCGAAGCCUAUCUGUUUACGAGUAGCUAUCUCAGUUACAAUGCCAACUACAGCACCAUAUGUGCUUCACAUGGUUCGUUCUCGGCCAUUCUCAAAAAGUUCUUGCCUUUUCCCACUCCCUGGGAAGGGUCAAAAUUGGACCCGCAUCAUAGAUGAAGAUGGUGAAGAGAUCAUCAGCUUGCAAAUGAGGGAUUUCAAUAAAUCCAAGGGAAAGUCAGAUUCCGUGUUGAGGCAAGAAGUCAUUGCUGUAACAAAAUCUGGUGAAACACGUACCCUUGCUGAGUUUGUGGGGACAGAGUGGUCACUGAUAGAUGCUCAGUGGUCCAUUUCUUUUCACAAUAACCAAAAUGGUGACGGUCACCUUUUGAAGUUGACUGGUCCGCGCAAUAUUAGGUAUUUCACUGGCCGGAAGCUGGAUUACCAGCCCAAGCAUUGUGAGAAGCAAAGAAGAGAAAAUGAAUUCAUGACUGCAAUAGAGUUCUCGGCUGAACACCCAUAUGGCAAGGCACUGGCGAUGGUGGAUUUGAAGUUUGGUGUCAUCAAUGUGAAAGAGGACUGGUUACUUAUUCCUGGAACAAUAACUGCUUUUAUACUUUGUGACAUUCUAAGAAAGGAGGGUUAUGAUGGGUUGUCUGCAAGUGGCCAAAAUUUGAAGGAUAAGUGUUCAAACCAGGAUGUUGCCUAUCAUGCUGAGAACAAUAAAAUCAGCUGUGGUGUGGAUUUCAAAGUCAAUGACCAUCAUAAGGAGGAUGGAGGUGGAGAGUCUGGAUAUAGGUUUAAAAGUGGUGGUUUUGGUGCUGUAGUUGGUAAUGUCAGUGACUAUCUUGAAGUUGAGGAUGGAGGUGAAGAGUCUGGAUAUAGGUUGAAAAGUGGUGGGUGUGGUAGCGGAUGUGGUGGUGGUUGUGGUGGCGGUUGUGGUAGCGGUGGUGGUUGUGGUGGCAGUGUUGCUAAUGUCAGUAACCAUCACAAGGAGGAUGGAGGUGGAGAGUCUGGAUAUGGGUUGAAAAGUGGUGGGUGUGGUAGCGGAUGUGGUGGUGGUUGCGGUGGGUGUGGUACUUUUGUUGGUAAUGUCAAUGACCAUCGCAAGGAGGACACUACCGAAACAACCAAGAUUGUCGCUGCCUGAUUCUGCUUGAUCGGAGACUGCUAGCCUGCUGGCUGUCUUCUUAUUCGCCCCGUCAUAUAUGCAAAUAAUAAGUUCGACCAUUCGAACAUCUGUGUUUGUUGUGUGUCAAUGUGUCGUCUCCAAAUGUGUUUGUUUAUUGUCGUUGUUGUGAUUAUAUCAUAAAUAAUAAUAAACUAAUGGUUUGAAGUGCUUGAAUUAAUCUGCGAUUGCCCUUUCACCUGUUUUCUUUCUUGGA